AUGGCACCUACACGGCACACUGUGCUGGCGUUGCUGGGGCUUUCUAUCAGCAUUCGCGCGGCGCCUACAGGUUUGAAACAUCGUCAGAUUGGAAUCAUUCCCCCUCGGCAAAGCGUUUCUUGGGACGGUGGCAACCCACAGCCAACUCAAGACCCUCAAGGACCAGGACUGCCGCCGCUCUUUCCACCCCAUUCCAGUGACCAGAUCAGCCACUCUCCUCCAUCAGCAUCUGUGAGUUGGGAUGGAGCUGGGCCGUCAGAAGUACCAAUAUCAUCGAAAGAGCCUGACCACCCAAUCCCAUCAAAGCCCAGCAAUCAGAUAGGUCUGGGAAAACCAUCAUACUGGGUCAGUUGGGAGACAAGUGGUCCAAGCCCUACAGAACAUCCCGAAGUGCCGGGACAUCAACCUCCAACUUCUCCAACUGACCAAAUCAGUCUCGGAAAACCAUCUGGUUGGAUCAGCUGGGCGACGAGCAGUGCUGCUCCGACUCCUACACCCGAGAUACCUAAUCACUCACCUCCAUCUACACCUACUGAUCAAAUCAGUCUUGGAAAACCAUCCGGGUGGAUUAGCUGGGCAACUGGCGACCCUACUCCGACGACUACCCCUGAGGAGCCUGAGCAUCCUCCAAAGCCAAGCGAUCAGAUCAGUGUGGGUCGACCUUCGUACAGCAUUACGUGGGACGGCAGUGCUCCGGGAGCCUCGCCAACCCCUAAGCCUGAACCUGAGAAAUCCUCCACAAUUCCCAACUCAAGUGGACCCAAUUCUACCAAGCAGCCUGGUUAUCCUCCAUGGUUCCCAUGGUACCCAUGGCCGUCAAAGCCUACCACAUCGACAGUGAAGAUUACGCCAAAGCCCACUCCAAGCUCUAGCCAAAAGUCGAUUCCAAUUCCUGAGCCUACUCCCACGCUGACCCCUAAGCCUAGCCCACCCACGGAGAGCAAUCAGAUCAGCCUUGGACCACCCAAAUACAGCGUCAGCUGGGGCUUAAAGAAGCGACACGAUGCGAUUGACGCCAACGUGAAGCCAACUUCAAAGGGUCCUGCAAAGUCUACGACGAAGCCAAAGCCAAAACCUACUUCGAAACAGCCAAAACCCACUUCGUCUCCAAAGCCUACACCUGCUCCUACCCCUGCGCCGACCCCUACUCCUGCUCCUACACCUACUCCCACUCCCAAUCCCGUCCCAUCUCCUUCUCCACCUGAUGAGAUCAGUAACGGGCCCCCUCAAUUCAGCGUCAGCUGGGACAAGAACCGACAGUCCGAGUAUGAUCCUGAGCCAACAGGUCAGCCCCUUCCAGAGGACGAAGAGCCCUUCCCAGAAGACCCGGAGGAUGAGGAACCCAUUGAGAUCCCUCCGUUCCCCUUCCCCACACAGCACAACAGCAUCGGAAUGCAACCUCCGAAGGUAUCCUUUAGCUGGGGGAAGCGUCAAGAUGAACCUCAGCCUACGACUUCUCCCGAGGACCCCGAGGAGACUGGACCGAUUGAGAUUCUCCCCUUUCCCAUCCCUACCCCCCCGAAUAGCAUCGGUAUUGAGCCUCCUAAGGUAUCUGUGAGUUGGGGGAAGCGUGAGGCAGCACCGGAAACGGACACGAUUGGUUUACAAUUCCCCACCAUCUCUUUCUACUGGCCAAAGCCGUCGCCCCCUACGUACAUCUCGUGGGGCAAGCGUCAAGACGAGGAAGAACCUACCGAGACUCCUGCACUGCCAGCUCCUUCGCCAAGCGAUGAGGUCGUCAUCCAACCUCCUCACGCAAGCAUCUCAUGGGCCAAGCGCGAUGCUAAGCCGCAGUACACGAGGACUAUCAAACCAACCCCCACCCCAUCGUACAGCCUUUGCCCAGACGUGACGGCAACCGCAACACCUUUAUGCGUGCCGCCGAUGUGCCCCAAGGGCCGUGUGGCCUGCGAUUGGAACCUACAAGUUCCUAUCAUGGAGAAGCGGAUAAAAGAACGGGAGAUUGAGAAGAGGGUUGUAACGAUCAAGACAUUGACGCCAAUCGGCUACCCCACGCCUGCCAUUAGCAGGUGUACGGCAGCCAGGACAACAACAAUAGCGGUUAGCUGUCCGACGUUUACGUGCGUGCCGUGGUGUGAUCCCGCGCAGGUGGUGAAGUAG